GUGUGCAGUAUGGGUAAGCGUGUGAAGGAGGACCUGCUGAUGGUGGUGCGGGCGGUCCAGGACUGUUACCCGCCUCAGAUGGACAUCCUGAACUUUUACUCGGGACUCUACCAUCAGACGUUCUCGGCUCGCCUGACUGAACUCGCUGCUGCUGGACUGGAAACGGACGACUGCAGCUACCUGCUGUUCUGGAUCAACCACCUGUACCCACAUGAGAUACUGAAGCACGACGAACUGGAGGGGAAGAUCAAGACCGCCUGUCUGGGUUCUCUGCUGCUGCAGGACCACCUGACCCGCCUGGAGGACCGGUACCUGAGCCACAGAGAGGACAAAGUGAAGCUGUGGCUGAACACGGCUCUGAGGAGAGAGGAGGAGGGCUGGCUGAGCGGGCGCACACCUGAACUCAUCGACCACUACUGCUUCAGUCCACUGGCCAUAGACGUCAUACAG